AUGGCAUCACCUCCAUUCUACAUCCCAUUUGCCCACUGGGACUCAACCCCGUUUCAACCUCCGUACACCCCGGUCACCACUUCGAAGUUCCUCACGGGAUGGCUUGUUUUAGGCCUGGCCAACGGCGAGCUUCUAAUUCUUUCUACAGCUACCGAUGAUCCCAUUCCACGAGCUCGUCUCUGCGGUCACAAAGAUCCGGUGGUAGCAUUAGAACCCCUCCUCGUCCGCACAGAAACAACCGAACAAGAGUUAUUACUUUCACUGGAUUCUGUAGGGACAUUGUGUAAAUGGUCUCUAGCAGACGGUCGAUGUCUACAGAAUGUCUAUUCGACAGUCUCGUCCAGACCACGGGGGCUACGGAUUGUUAAGAAGCAGAAAGCUGACGCUAAGGAUCCAGUUGUGAUGAUAUAUGGGGCUAGUACUGAGAUUUUAGUUCUUAACGCGGAGACCCUAGAGACGGUGCUCUUGUGGACAGGUAACCUGGAUUGGCCCUUCCCGGUUGUCAGCGGUAGGAGUAGGGUAAUGACCUUAUUACCUGAUGGGCAAAUCCAAGGAUGGGGCUUGAAUGGUCGGAGCAUAGGAGAAGAUGGAAGAGGAAGAUUGGCGCUGGCGAUGGAAAGGGAUCAUACCAAACAGCUCUCGGCGGAGAUCAAGGAGGACAUGGGCAGGAUCAGAGGCUUUGAAAGAGUUUCUGAGAAGGGUUAUGUGAUAAUCCAGAAGACUGGUGUUAGCUCCUAUGUGCUUGAGGAUACAAAGUUCGCGCUCAAAGAGAUCAUGUCGGUGGGCUUGGAGGUUGGUAUCGCCGGAUACCAGAUAGUUCCUAAGAAAGGAGUUAGGAAAGCCUUGGUUAUGGCUUGGUCAGAGGAUGGCCAAAUCAGACUCUUCGAACUGGGUGAAAAUAUGACCUUUGGCCACAGCAUCAAGCUGUCAUUGAAACCUGUACGAGGCAGAGGCACAGUAAUUUCGAUGGCAUGUACAAGACAGGAAGACAAGUAUCUUAUCGCAGCAUUUAGUCAUCUCUGGUCGGAUUCAGGGCGGCAAAGAGCUCAUGGAGAUUUUCUGACGGGCGUGUUCUCAACUAAUGCCGCCAGGAUGGACAUAGAGUGGAUGGAGAAAAAUAAAGCCCUCACCUCGUCUUCCUUGAUCCAAGAUGAUAUCACGUCAUCCUGUUCAGGUAUAUUUGCCAAUAUGCUAGCGAUCGCUUAUGGGUCCAAUAUUCGCCUUCACUCUUUGUCCUCAUUUUUACUCUCAUAUCAUGAUCCCAUCAAGGAGAUACAUAUACCUACCACUGCCCGUAUUUGCCUUCUUAAAAGGGUGAGGGUUGGCGAACACGUUGCACAUGGCAAGGACGCCGGAAUAAAGGGCGGGAAAGAAUAUCUCAUUGUUGGAACUACUAACGGAGAGUUGUUCAUUAUUGAAGCACCCUCAUUCCAACUAUCGAAAAGACUCCCAAUAUCAUCUACAACAGUGCGCUCCGCUAAUCUUCUCCUAUCAAACCUGGGUAAGAGACUACGCUUUGCUCUCAUCGCCUCCUCAGCAGACGGAACUACCACUAUAGUAGAUGUAGAACGCGCUCACAUAAUGGUCACUUUUCCGAGCCACGAUUACACUCCCCUUGUUUCAUACGCCACCAAGACCGCGCAGAACAUAAUCCUUCUAACCUACGAAGAUUACGUACGUCGGGAGUGGGAUUUAGGUGAGGAGGAUGGAGGCGUGCUUAAGGCGCAUCCAUCAUCUCGCGGGAACGAUAGAGAUAGAGGCGCUCUGGGCACAUAUGAGAGAGACCUUGCAGAGGAGGGGUGGCGAGAAGUUCGCGUGGGCAAAUUCGAACUAGUGGAAGAAGACAGAGAAGAUGAGGGGGAUGACGCAAAUGGAGAUGGUACCAUCAAGAAUUGCGAGAGGUUAUGCGAGAGGGGACUUCCGGCCGCCUCCGUCAAUGUUCGGGCUGUUCUGGAUGCAUUAAGUCAUGCAGUAAAGAUAGCUAAAGAACGGACACGAGCUGGCGAAAGGAGGGUCGUGGGAAAUCAUCCUGCCCUCAUUACUGCCAAGUCACUACUUACUUCCCUCGUCCCCGGUGGCAUAGAGGAGCUAUUGGGCUGGGAAGAAGAUGGCCAUGGAUGGCGAACUUCGGUUCAAUCAUUAUUCUUCCGGAGGAAGAAGGCGGCGGUAUUCGGGCAGAUGGGUGCUGGGAAGAACGUAUCCAUACUGGUGAGGGAAGCCUCCAAAGAAACUGAGGAUGGGAUAUUGGGUAUCAGUCCUACCGUAUCCGCAUGUGUAUUGUUGGCUGCUUUGUCCAUUGUGGGCGGACUACUGGAAGCUAGUGGGAAUGGCGAAUUCUUUGAUAAUGUCAUAGAAGGGGCCUUGGGUCGGUUGGCAAUCACAAAGAACGAGCCUGCAUUAGGGGUGUUUGCAAAGUACUGGAUGGACGAGAAUCCAAUAAUGCGAGCAACCGCAAGGAAAUGUCUUAGUAUUUCUGUAGGCACUCUAUCCGAGGAGAGGCGAGCAAACACAAUAGCCUACUGGGCACGUUUCUUACCAGUGCAGGUUCCGCCGGAACUAUUUUCAUCAAAAGAAAUGGUUCGGUCCGUUAUUAUUCUUGGACAGUUAAUCACGGCUCACCCCGAUAGUGUUGAGCAAGGAUUGAAGAAAUGCAUUGCGCUGUCGGUUGAAUUGCUCCUGGGUGACAGUAACCACUCGUUCCAAGACACAGCCAUCGAGCUAGUGGGGCAUGGUUGGACAACUUUUCAAUCCCUCUUCGACCCCUUUGAAGUAAUCCAUAUCUUGAUCCGCAUAUCCGCCUCGACAAUGGAUGACUUCUCCGAAAACCGGCGAAAGACCCUCAACAAAUGCAUACUCGAGAUAGCCGAGAAAAAUUCUCCUCUUCUAGGAUCUGGUCUGGCCAACAAUAUCUCGUACGGUUCGUCUUCUUCUCAACCUGCUGCGUUAGCUGCAGUAUCGCUCUCAACAGCAUUGAGUGUAUCUGUUGCCGCGAUGAGAAUCGUAACGAUGAUAGUUCGUGAGGACGCAAUCCUAUUCCGAGACGUAUUAGGUUUGAUAAUCGCUGCUGUCGUCAAAAUAUUAGACCCGAACGGAGGUCUAAGAGAGAAAGUCAUGCCAACGAUCACGGAAUUGAUUAACGAGAUGGUGGAGGCGUAUCCAAGCAUUGCCUUCCACCGUCCAACGCAGCGGCUCGCACUGUCCAUAUCCCCGGGAAUAAUAAUGAUAUACGAUCUCAAGACCUCUGCGCAAGUGAAUGCCCUACAGGGUCAUCAUAGCCUCGCGAACUUCCUCACCUUCUCGAUCGACGGCAAAUUUCUAGCGGCAGUGGACCUCGAGGAGAACAUGUUCCUUGUUUGGAAGUUCGUGACCGGGCUCCUUAGCUUCAUUGGUGGCGGGAACGAUGGAGCCCCAGCAAUAUUACUACCGAAGAGGAAAGAAGCCUUCGACAACAAACGAAAUGUUGGGAUUGUCGAAAUUGAGGUUUGUAUGACCGUGCCGUGCUCGGGUGAUUGA